AUGAAAGUCAUUAAAAGUCUUCUUCUUGUUGCUGUUGUCUAUAUGGCACAAGUGAAUGCUAUGGACUUUUCAUUAAUGAACGACGUCUCGAUGAAUGAAUUGCCAUUACAACAAGAGGUCACACCCAGUGCGUCAGAUCAAUACAGUGAGACGUCCGAUAGUGCACCACUUGAUCACUCUACGACGCAAGAAGAGCUAGAAACCAAGGAUUCAAGUGAACACGAAACCGAGGAUCUGAGUGACGACUUAACCAAAGAUUUAAGUAAACACGAAAUCAAGGACUCAAGUGAACACAGCCCGGACGAUGCAGCUUCGUGCGACGACGAAUAUGAAAUUGCUGACAGUGACAUGACAGACAAGGAAAGCUCUUGUGAUGAGGAGUUUGACAUGGCUGAUAAGGAAGACUGCAGUGAUGAAUACGAGAUUGCUGAGCCAGAAGACUGCACCGAGGAACUCGAGAUUGCUGAACCGGAAGACUGCGAUGAGGGACUUGAUAUAGCUGGAGAGCAACCAGAACCUGCGAACCACGGUAAUGAAGUGCCUGCGGUAGUACCCGAGGGUGGUGCUGGAGUCGCGGACUCAGCCGAGGGCGGUGCUGGUGGCGCGGGCUUAGCCGAGGAGGGUGAACCCGCUACGGAACUUACCGAGGAUAUGGAGACGAGUGAACAUGAAGGUAGUGCUGGUGGUGCGGGCGUCACCGAGGAUGGUGCAGGUGCGGGCGUCACCAAGGGUGGUGCAAGUGGUGCGGACGUCACCGAGGGUGGUGCAGGUGGUGCGGGCGUCACCGAGGUUGGUGCAGAUGGUGUGGGCGUCACCGAGGGUGGUGCUUAUCCUACGGAACCUACCGAGACUAUGGAGAAGAGUGAACAUGAAGAAAGUGCUGGUGGUGCGGGCGUCACCGAGGAUGGUGCAGGUGCGGACGUCACCGAGGAUGGUGCAGGUGCGGGCGUCACCAAGGGUGGUGCAAGUGGUGCGGACGUCACCGAGGGUGGUGCAGGUGGUGCGGACGUCACCGAGGUUGGUGCAGAUGGUGUGGGCGUCACCGAGGGUGGUGCUUAUCCUACGGAACCUACCGAGACUAUGGAGAAGGGUGAAUAUGUAGCUGGUGCAAGUGGUGCGGACGUCACCGAGGGUGGUGCAGAUGGUGCGGGUGUCACCGAGGGUGGUGCAGAUGGUGUGGGCGUCACCGAGGGUGGUGCUUAUCCUACGGAACCUACCGAGACUAUGGAGAAGAGUGAAAAUGAAGGUAGUACUGGUGGUGCGGGUGUCACCAAGGGUGGUGCAAGUGGUGCGGACGUCACCGAGGGUGGUGCAGAUGGUGCGGGUGUCACCGAGGGUGGUGCAGGUGGUGCGGACGUCACCGAGGUUGGUGCAGAUGGUGUGGGCGUCACCGAGGGUGGUGCUUAUCCUACGGAACCUACCGAGACUAUGGAGAAGGGUGAAUAUGUAGCUGGUGCAAGUGGUGCGGACGUCACCGAGGGUGGUGCAGAUGAUGGUGCGGGUGUCACCGAGGGUGGUGCAGAUGGUGUGGGCGUCACCGAGGGUGGUGCUUAUCCUACGGAACCUACCGAGACUAUGGAGAAGAGUGAAAAUGAAGGUAGUACUGGUGGUGCGGGCGUCACCGAGGAUGGUGCAGGUGCGGGCGUCACCAAGGGUGGUGCUGGUGGCGCCGCCGUCACCGAGGGUGGUGCGGGCGUCACCGAGGGUGGUGCAGAUGGUGUGGGCGUCACCGAGGGUGGUGCUUAUCCUACGGAACCUACCGAGACUAUGGAGAAGAGUGAACAUGAAGGUAGUGCUGGUGGUGCGGGCGUCACCGAGGAUGGUGCAGGUGCGGACGUCACCGAGGAUGGUGCAGGUGCGGGCGUCACCAAGGGUGGUGCAAGUGGUGCGGACGUCACCGAGGGUGGUGCAGGUGGUGCGGACGUCACCGAGGUUGGUGCAGAUGGUGUGGGCGUCACCGAGGGUGGUGCUUAUCCUACGGAACCUACCGAGACUAUGGAGAAGGGUGAAUAUGGUGGUGCGGGCGUCACCGAGGGCGGAGAAGAGCUUCCGAGAACUACAGACACUAUGGAGAAGGGUGAAUAUGAAGGUGUUGAUGGUGGCAUGGAAACGGGCGGCAAUUCUCCUUCUGAUGAUGACUGCAAUGAGGAGCUUGACAUAGCUGGCAGUGAUGACUGCGAUGAGGAACUUGACAUUGCCGGCACCGACGACGACUGCAAAGAGGAACUUGAAAUAGCUGGAAAUGAUGACUGCAAUGAGGAACUUGAAAUUGCUGGAAAUGAUGACUGCAGUGAGGAGCUUGACAUAGCCGGAGGUAACGGUGAAAACGCUGAUUCCACAAAAGCUGUUACCGCCGAUUUUGAAGACAUCCUUAGCCCUUCUUCUGAUUCCACAAAAGCUAUUACCGCCAAUUUUGAAGACAUCCUUACCCCUUCUUCUGAUUCCAUGUAUGCUAUUCAUGCCUCUUCUUCGAAUACCAAGGUGGAUCAGACCGAGUUUCUUGAACCGGAAGGGCUGACACUUUCUCCGAACGCCGAUAGUAUGUACAGUGGCAGUACGACUGCCACAGCCGAUGACAGCGAUGGUAAAUACAGUGUGAAGCAGACAGCUUUGAGUGCUGAGACGAUCAAACUUCAGUCGGGUGACAUUUUAGCGAAGAAGAAUCUAGACUUCACACCGUUUGUGGCCGCUGCUGUGGCCUGUGUCGCUCUUGCUGUCGUGGGUGUGAUUUACAUGAAGAGACGGAGCACCAAGUCGAAAAAGGCGGCAAGUGAUAUCUUCACCAUCGACAAGAAUUCAGCACUGUAA